AUGUCUUCGAUGUCUGCACAAGGUGUCGUGGAAAGAGCGAGCGCGGAAUUAACAAAAAGGAUAAACGGUUUGGGAUUGAGGUCGUCGAAACAUCACAAUAAGGAACAUGGUACGAAAACGAGCGUCAUGGAACGUGUCACCAACGUUUUUUGCGGCGGCGGUAAUAAUUCUUCGAACAUAAGUUCAUCGACAACGUCGGACGUACUCGAAAAACCCUCGAGACUUUUAUAUGCAGCCAAAGGGAAAAUAACAAAUUUAAAUAACGGAACCGGAAAUUCGCCGAAUUUAAAUAGGAAAAAUCGAUUUCGAACCCCGUUGAAUUACCUCACGUGGGAACAGUUAAUGAUGGACGAAAGGUUUUUGGCAAAAUUUUUCGGGUAUUUUACACCAUUCGAAAGGCGAACACUUGCUCAAGUAUGCGUUAGAUGGAGAGAUCAUUUAUAUCGAUCGCCCAGGUAUUGGUCAGGUCUUCAUCCCGUAAUAAGAUGUAAAGAACUACAAAAUACAAUACAAGCGGAUAGAGCGAGAUUAUAUAAUUCACUUUUGAGACGAGGCUUUCAUUCUGUUUCCCUUUUGGGUGCCUCAGACGAAGAUGCCUUAGAUUUAGUUUUGUCUUUUCCACUUGCAUCAAAGCACAUACAUUCAAUCAGUCUUCGUUGUUCUAGCGUAUCCGAUAGAGGUCUAGAAGCAUUAUUGGAUCAUUUGCAAGCUUUGUUCGAACUUGAAUUAGCUGGAUGCAAUGAAAUAACGGAAGCCGGUUUAUGGGCAUGUCUAACACCGAGGAUAGUUGCUUUAACAUUGACAGACUGCAUAAACAUAGCGGAUGAAGCCAUGGGUGCCGUCGCUCAACUUCUACCCUCUCUAUAUGAAUUUUCAUUACAAGCGUAUCACGUAUCCGAUGCUGCUUUAGGUUAUUUUUCCCCCAAACAAAGUAAUUCUCUUAGCAUUUUACGAUUGCAUAGUUGUUGGGAAGUCACUAAUCACGGAAUGGAUAAUAUCGUACACUCGCUUCCAAAUCUGACAGUUUUAAGUUUAUCCGGUUGUUCGAAAAUCACAGAUGAGGGAGUCGAAGCCAUAGCUGAAAAUCUACAUAAAUUAAGAAGUUUGGAUUUAUCUUGGUGUCCGAGAAUAACGGAUGCUGCUUUGGAAUGCAUUGCAUGCGAUUUAAAUCAAUUGGAAGAACUUACGUUGGACCGGUGUAUACACAUAACCGAUUUAGGAAUCGGUUAUAUAUCAACAAUGUUAUCCCUUUCCGCUCUUUAUCUUCGAUGGUGCACUCUAGUCAAAGAUUUCGGUUUACAGCAUCUUUGCGGCAUGAGAAACCUUCAAAUAUUAUCACUCGCAGGAUGCCCUUUGUUGACUUCCAGCGGCCUUUCAAGCUUAAUACAACUUCGUCAUUUACAAGAAUUAGAACUUACAAAUUGUCCGGGUGCUUCCCCUGAAUUAUUUGAUUAUUUAAGAGAACAUUUACCUAAAUGCUUAGUCAUUGAAUGA